GUUCAACGCUGCUCUCUGCGACGCGCUGAGUUCGGAGCGAGGAGACGCGCUGCAUACCAACAGAGACACAAGCGGAGCGGCUCGGUGUUUUUGGCCAGGACGCACAGACUCCAUACUGCUCUCUGAGAGAGAGAGGGGGAAAAAGAUAAUUAAAUCCGAUUAUUGGACGGUUUGAUUUGCUUACAUUUUGACUCCCGUGCGUUUUUUUUUUUAGAGAAAAGCUGCUUGAAUUCUUCAAAACACUGACAGCCAAACUAAGUCUGUCUGGGAUAUUUGGGAUUAUACUGCUGUCAUCUUUAUUUUUUUCUUGGAUGAGAGACAUAUAAGAAAAUCACAUUCUCCAUUUUUGCCAAUCUCUCUCGCUCUAUCUCUCACUGACAAGACUUAUUUAUUAAAACAAAAGUCGGAUGUAGAAGAGUUGGACUAUUUCAUCCAGUGGUUCGUUUUUACAAACAGAAUUCCCUCCAGUGGUUCCAUAAGGGAGGAAUACCGUAAGAUCUGAGCUGAAAAUCAAUCAGAACUCCACCAUGGGCUGCCCUCUUUUGCGAAACGCAUUGGCUGGUUUGAUCCUGGUUCUGCUGUCUAAAGGGUCCAGUGUGUUCGGAGCAGAAUUCGGACACCUGCCGGACAAUAUUACAGUGUUGGAAGGCGAAAGCGUCACUUUGAGAUGUCGGAUCGACGAGGAGGUGACGCACAAAGCUUGGCUGAACCGCUCAAACAUCCUUUUCACGGGGACGGAUAAGUGGUCACUGGACAAGCGAGUGACGCUGGUCAACACCAGCAACAGAGAGUUCUCCAUUCUCAUCGACAAGGUGCAGGUAGCGGACGAGGGACCGUACACCUGCACCUUUCAGGCCAACAACAAACCCCGCAUAACCCAUGUCUACCUCAUAGUCCAAGUUCCAGCAAGAAUCGUAAACAUCUCAAAAAGCGUGUCGUUGAACGAGGGAGAGAGCGUAACCCUUUAUUGUCUGGCAGUCGGCCGGCCCGAGCCCACUGUCACAUGGAGGAACCAGAAGUUUGGGAUGGUGCGCGACGGGGAGUUCUUGGACAUCGCGAACAUCAGGAGGGACCAGGCUGAGGACUACGAAUGCAUCACCCACAACGGUGUGGCACCACCUGACCAGCAGAAGGUCAGAAUUACGGUAAACUACCCUCCAAUGAUCACAGACAUGAAGAACUUGCCUGUAAAUCUGGGGAAGACCGCUAUCUUGAGGUGUGAGGCAAUGGCAGUUCCACCAGCCACGUUUGAGUGGUACAGAGAUGAUCAUAGGCCAGUAGAGAAUGACAACACCUUACGGAUCAAAAACGAGAAGACGCGCUCGCUGUUGCUGUUUACCAAUGUGACAGAGAAACAUUUUGGCAACUACACUUGCUUCGCCUCAAACCGUCUGGGAUCCUCCAACGCCAGCAUGCUGCUGUUUCGACCAGGAGCGCUCCAGGGGCGAGGGGCUGCUUUACAAGCAGGGAUGAGCGCCAGCCUGUGCGUUUGGGUUUCCCUCUCUGCUCUUCUUCUGGUGAAAGUGUGAAGCCCCCUGUUUGUUGGAAUCGUCCUCAAACGCUCCCUGAAAGCCCCAUUUCUUCCUGUGCUCCCUCUGUCUCUCUCUCCCCCCCCCCUCUCAACGGAAGAAAAACGGAAAUGAAAUUCUUUAAUUACGAACCCAUCACUGUGAACUAAAAGAAUAUGCAUUAUUUCAGGAGCCAUUGAAUCACUGCAUCAAACACGAAUACUCCCUUGAACGCCCCCCCCCCCCCCCCCCUCCCCCUGCACCCUCAAUUCUAUUAUGAAUUAAACUUAGUCACAAUAUCCCUUUCUUCUGUUCCUCUUUCAUGCAUACAAUUUGUCCUGUUUGCCUUGCAGACUAGUCUGACUCGGUACUUCCCCUCUCCACCCUUUGUUCUCCCUCAUUGCUCCCACUGAGAUGAGGCUGAUAGAAAGUGUAUAUUAACGAUGAUGGUGACAAAUGAGAAAAUAGAUAAUCUAACAACUGUAUGGUCAUUAAUGUAAGAUAAAACACAGACUAUUGACUGACCUACAAUGUUUGCCUUAUGGAAAUAAUACAUGAAAUCACAAUAUUUUGGUGGUUAUUUAUGGAAACGAUAGUUAUGACGUGAUAAUGGCUGUCAUGUGAAGUUUCACCCUAUGGUCACACACUUAAACCGAGUGACAACACAUGUAUGUUUUUAAUUUUAUUAUUUUUUAUUUUAUUUUACCAGUGUAGCAGUGAAGCUGCUAUGAAUGAUGUCAAAAUGUAUUUAAAAAAAACAAAAAAAAGGAUGGGUGGUGAUGGCGUCAGUCCCCUUUAUGUAAUUCGGGGAGGUUUAUACUACGUUUUCGCAUGUAGCCCUCACUACCCAGACCUUUUUGAGCCCCCCCCCCCAACCCCCCUCCCUUGCCUCUCUGUUACAAGUGCUUUGUCUAGUUGCCCUCCAUAUUGCUAUAGUGUUCUCAGCUGUGCGUCGCCGACCCAGACCAUCGUCCCUCGCUUCUCAUUCCUCCACUGUAAAUAUACGUGGUUACAGAGGCUAUGCCGGCGACUUCGGGUUGCCCCCACACGAUCUUAAGAAAGCCUCAACUACACUUAAGUCUUCUGAAGCAGCAAGGGACUGUCUCUAUUGACAAAAAAUAUCUUCUGUUUCAAAGCUUGUGCAGCUCCAUCCUCUUUGUCGCUUGUUGAUAGCAUGUACUGGUUAGAGAUGUUCCUGUUGUGAGUCCACACGCUCCCUUUUCUCCUCCCUCUGCACUGUGUCUGUUUUUUCUCUGCAAGGUUAGCUGCUUUUGCUGCUUUUACUUUUUUGGUGUUGAUACUACUACUACUACUGAUGAUGAUAAUGAUGAUGAUGAUGUUAAUACGUAUUUGAAUAACUAUGAAUAGUAAUUCCGUGUAAGGAGAAAAAAAAACAUGAGCAAAACAUGAUGGUAAUAAGUUGUGCGUGGGGGCGGGGGGUGUGGGGAGGGGGGGGGGGUAAGGAAGAAACGUUUUCUACUUCGCUCACACACGUCGAACGACUUCAAUGAAGAUUUAAAAAUAAAAAAAAACGGGACAAAAAAAAAAGUUGUAAAGUUUUCGAAGUGGUGUGGUCUAUUUUGCCAUGGCGAGCUUUUUAAAAUCCCAUUUGAAACAGUUUCGAGGGGUCAUUUUAUUUGGGUCCUGAAGUGCUGGCUGGUGGUGUAAUUUAUGAUUUGUAACAGUUUAUGUAUUUGACUCCCUUUGUCAUGCUUCUAACUGCGUCAGACACACAUUUCCAACACAUCUGUCCGCUCGUCUUGGCGUGUCCUCUACUGACCAGCUAGAUAAAUGCUUUGGAUCCAUGUCGGUCUCUGGCUGUGGCUGUAAGUCAUUUCUUGUUCUGCCAGACCACAGGGAGAUAAAGAUGUAAUUAGCCAUUACCUGUGGCUGGCUGAGCGAAGGAGCCCGAGCUCCACCUGUCCUUUCUGUCGCUCAGUUAUGGCCCCCAUAAAUCAAGCUCAAUCCUACCACUGACAGGAAUCCUCUUCAAGGACAAAUCUCACCUUGGUGCACCACCACUCCCUCCGGUGUGUACCUGUGACAGAAAAAAAAAAAAAACCUGUACAGCACAAAUAGCAAGAGGAAAUCCCAUAUUUCAUCAUGACUGCAUCCAUUUCUUAUGUUAAGCUCACUUUCAGAGACUAUAUGCAAAUUUGCCAUAGCAAGUGCGCGCCAAGGGAUGAAGUUACCCCGGCUGAACCCUGACUACUACAAAAUUACAGGGGAAUUACUCAAUACUGAAUCAAAUGUGGAAUGUGUUUUUUUGUUUUGUUUUUUUGGUUUUUUUUCUAAGUUCCUUUUUUUUUUCAACUCAGCAAUAACCCCUAAUUUUUCUGUGCAAGAGAUUCCCAUCAUGGUCAAAUCUGUGGUGUAAUAUCUGAAAUGAUCUGCCAUUAACAAGCGCUAUCAAAAGUCUGUUGUUGUACUUUUACUGUGUACAGUCCUCGGAAAUGAUUGUGAAGCUCUGUUUAAAUGGCCCUUAACCUAGGACACUACAUGUGUUUUCCUCUGCGAUGUAUUUGGGUGUUAAAGAACACAUAUUGUGCAUGCAACUACUUGCUCCCAAAACAACGAUGGAUUCCAUUUCAAGCACAAUAGCGGGUCGUUCGGUCUGUGAUUCAUUUAUUGCCAUAUUUUUAAACGCUCACUAUCUUCUAUGGCAUUUUUUUUCCCCCUUCUACACUUAUACUGUCCCAUGUUAGCUUUCCCCUGAGGGUUUUCAGCAGCUCAUAACAUCUGUAUGUACAUAAUCUGUUGUCGGUAAAGCUAAAGAGAAGAUAAAAAAAAAAAACUGUUGCACAAGAACACAACAUUCUGUCAUGAUUGUCGGCGUGUGUUUGAAAAUAGCAUGCCUGUAUUUGUGUAUGGGUGGAUUUUGAAAAAAAAAAAUAUUAUCAAAAUUUGUCUGUUUUGUUUGUAUUUAAUGGAGGGAGGUCUUUAAAAAAAGUGUGCCGGUUCAGAACUGAAUCUAAGCGUUUGAAUUGUCAAUCUGUAUGUCCACAUUUAUUCUUCACGGCACCCUAGUGCGUCUCCCUUUACGUGUUAAUAGGCUUUACAGCUUGGAACAGCUAACUUGAAUUACUGUAGGUUUCAUCCAAUGCAAAUUGACUCAAUUAGGAAUUUGUUACCAUUCUUCUAGAUUUAUUUAUUUUUUUGGUUGUUUUGCCAUCAUUCAACCAAAUAGAUCUAAUUUCAUAAGUUAGAAACUAGCUGGUGAAACAUUGCAAGAGUAACAUUUAGCGUUACAAUAACAGCAUGUGCUUAUGGCUGUUUUGAAAUCUUUCAAUUGGAUAGUUUGGAUUUUUCAAUAAGAAUUUGCGGAGAAGUCAGGAACAGUUGAAAUAUUUGAGUAGAAGAUUUUUUUAUGAAAACCUUAGUUUGAGGAAACAGAGAUUAUGGCUGCAGAGAGGGCUGACAAGCUGGAAGAAGAUCCCUGGGGUGUAAGAUUUAAGGGUAGAUGAAGUUCCUGCUGAGAGAGCAACCAGUCUGGUGGUCCCGUGGGAUGUUACCUCGACAAUGCAAACCCAAAAGCUCAAAGCCGGAGGGAGAGGCAGUGACACUAACCAGACAGUGAACUCUUCAGUGAGGGGAAGAAGACAGACACGCAUUCAUUUUGCAUUUCCAAACUUGAGCGCCGUGGUCUCCCCCAGGGGAAGGUGUAGCACAAUCUAUUUAUGGUUGCACCGUGUAAUAUGAACAUCAUUAACAUAGCCUUGAUCACAAAUGCAGUCUGGCCUAUUUCAAGUGUGUAAAUAACACCACAGCUGGGGUGCAAUGAGUUUACAGUGAUAUAAACAAGACAAUUUUUCUCACCCUAAUUACGUUCGGCGUACCCUGAUGAGAAAGCGGUGAUUGGCUCCUGUAGCCGAAGGUUAUGAUGAUCUACUUGGAGUUGUUCUUAAUAAGACGCCGCGUUGCUUAGAGCUCACAAAACCUCCGCCUGUUUACAGUAUGUAGCAUUGUAAUGCACUUUAACGGCUGUACUUUGGUUCGUCCAACUAUUUCUCACACAGUUUUAGUCAGACUUUUAAAUGAAUAGAUUUAUCAGAUUGUUAUUUAUUUAUGUCGGUACAUCUUUAAUAUUGCAGAUAAUGGAUUGUAAAAAAAAAACUAAAUCUAAAGAAUUUGCUUUUAAAAACAAGGGUAGUAUAAGGCAAAUACAAGUACUGUACUAAAAAUAAUAAAUAUAUCUAUAGGAAAGUUAAUGUACUGUAAGUUUAGCAAGAAUGACAUGAAUAUAUCAUGUUGCUCAAUAUACGGCAGCAGGCUUAGACCGUAGCCCUUCUUACAGCAGCUUUACUGCUCAGAGCAAAUCCUGGAAUAGACUUUCAAUCCUCAACACAAUAGUUAAUCAAUACAUUUGACUGAACGGCUUUGAAAUAGAGCAAUAUCUCCCCAGCCUCAGAACUGGAUUGAUCAAGUGUCUAUAACCCAGCCUUAGAGCAGAGAGCAUAAUUCAUCAUGCCUGAUACAAGACACCCCUAAUUGCACAUCGAUUUUAGGCCCUUCUCCGAAACUAUUUGGGCAAGCUGUAAUGUCAGCUUGGUAAACUCUGCACUCAGAAGCAUGAGUCGGAUCCAGGGAAAUAAAGAAUUAAUCAUUAGUUUCCCAUCUGGAAUAAAUGCAGCCUUGCAUUUCUGUUGCUUGUUUUGGUACACAGCAUUCCUAUAGCGUUGCAUGUGCGAACGAAUGGCAGGAGCCACUGCUAUACGCGCUUAAAAUAAGCUAGCUUUGUCCAGAUGGUGAUAAACAUGCGCAGGAACAAUAAAUAAUGUUAAACAGAUCAGUUUCAUUUGUAAGAUAUAGGAGAGCCUCAAAAGGAUAUGCUACACCAGAGUGAUAAUUACAUAUGAAUCAAUAUCAUUAUUCCAAAUCCCCUGCUCAUGUCCUUUACUGCAAAGCACGCCUAAUUCCCAUAUAUUAUCCCAAUCAUCCAUUGUUUACCAGCUAUCCGGAGGCCCAUUCCGCUCUCGUGGGCAAAGUCAGUGCUGCAAGUUUAUUAAGCCGCAAAACAGUUUCAUUACUGCAGCUAAUGUAUGCACCGGUACGCAGCUUGCUGGAAGUCAAUGAGAGGCGCGGAAAAACUGUAUCAGACGGACAGAGAGAAAGACAGAUAAACAGAUAUGUGGCCACAGAUGGCAUGUUGUCAAUCACUUCACCUCUCUAAGAGCAGAAGCAUCCGUCUAAUUAACAGCAUGCUGCACUCCACCGGCUGGGCAACAGCGGCGUUCACGCGGGCCGCGCGACACAAAGUAGGAAUCUCGCCCACCACGUCUUUCCUAGUCAUUAAGUCGCCCACCUCACAUCUCCAAUCCAACACAGAGAGAGCACCAUUGCUUGGCCUCUGUGAAUAGCCGUCCCACGCUCUGCGUUUUCCUUGUCAAUCAACCAAUGGGUAAAUAUUGGGUUGCUGCGCCGAGGACUGACAGGGAGAGGGGGGGAAAAAAAAAAGAUGGAUUUUUAUUUUUUUUUCCACAACUGGUAUUUUUGUGCUGAUUAAUAUUGCAGUUAUGUUACAGAAAAGCAGUUGUGUUGCAAAGCAAGCUAAGGUGAAGUCACGACUGCAGGAUAAUAUGUUGGAAAGUGGGAUGCGAGAGAAGAUAGUAAGGGGGCUGUGCGCCUCGGAAGGAAAUUACUGCGGGGACUAGAAGGAGAAAAAAAACGUCUCAUUUGGAAACUAAUAACAAAUUUUACUUGAGGAGUCCCACUGAGUAUAAUUGCUGGAAUAAGCUGAGUUAGUGUGGAAUGUAAAAUCCAUCACUCCCUGUUCCUCGCUUUGUCCAUCUCUUCAUGCACACAUUCUUUGAUUUCACGCGUUUUACCAUCCUGAGUCUGUAUUUUUUAUUUUAUUUUUUUUGUGCAGAUGAUCUGCGAAAAGGGUCCCCCGCCCCACUUCCCUAGAGGUUUGCCCACUUUUUUGCAUAUUUCUUUUUUUAAAUGAAUUGUGUGGAAACUAGCACAAGUACUGAAGCCUUGCGUGUUCAAGUGUACAUUACCCAUUUGCAAUUCCAAGGGCCUCGCGUGUGUGCAUAUCUGCGUGUUUGUUUUCCCUCUAAGCUCCACUGGGCAGGUUGUUUGUUUCUUUCAUCGCAUACACCUGGACUGCAGGUUUUUAUUACAUUCCUAGAGAUCUUAUCAAUGAAAAUACACGAGACAGAAUGAAAGGAACAAAACAUUUGUUUUCCAUCAUGAGAGUUGUUGUUCUGUGCUGUAAAUUGAUGAUUGUAUUUUUUUAUUUAGCUGCGGAUCCUGUCUUUUUUUUUUUACUUUUACUUUUAUUCCAUUGCUGUUGGUAUGUUGUUUCUUUCUUUCUUUCUUUCUUUCUUUUUUUUUUCAAAGUCCACAAAGUGGAAAAUGAUAUCAAGUGGAGGGAGAAAAAAAAAUAAAACAGUUUUGUUUUUAUCAGAA